AUGCUCGUGGUGCAGAGGGUGGGGGGCGAGGAGGUGGAGGGCGAGCAGCCUGCUUACGUGCACUGGAGUGACGCGAGCACGCAGAGACAUGGCGAGAAAGGGUGCCGGCGUUGGCGCAGAGGCGAUUGCAAAUGGGGCAGUGAAAUGAAGAGGUGGUGGGAGAAGGGCCUGCAGAUGGGGCUGGAGGAGGAGAGGGUGGCUGGUGUGUGGAGGAAGCUGGAGGGUUUGGGGCUGAGGAAUGAGGAACAUUUGCAGUGGAGACUGGAGGAGGGUCUGAGGAGGGAGAGGGUGGGUUUUGAGGAGGCGAUUGCGGAGGAUGAGAUGUUUGGGAUCGUGAUGAAGACGGUGAAGUGGGAAGAGUUUCCUUAA